AUGACGGGCAUGCGCUGUGUUGGGGUGGAGAUUAACCCGGGGAACGUCCAGGUCGCCCGCGACGCGUGGGCGGCGCUGCGGCCCAAACUCGAACGCCGCUGCGGGCGACCCCUCGAGGUUGAGAUCCGCUGCGCGGAUCUCUGCGAGCUUCUCAAAGGGGAUGAGUUGAUGCGCUCGCCCUGCGUGAUUUGGGCCGCUAACCUGCUCCUUCCAAGAGCGACAAACCACUACCUCUCAGAGCAUCUUCGCUCGUGUGCGGUGGGAACGCGUAUCUUUUGUUUUGAAGAUCUUUAUCCACAUAAUCGCUUGGUCGCCAGAGUUCGAGAUCCAGACGCUUUUGAGCGCUUCGAAAUGAGGGAUUUUGUUUGGCAGCCAAUGUCGGUAGAAUGGUGUGAUCUUGAGGGAAAUUUUUAUCUUUAUACACGAAAAUAG